AUGAUUCCGAAAGACGCAGAUCAUCAAAAUCCUGCCAAAUACAGACCUAUCACAUGUCUCCAAACCAUUUAUAAACUACUUACAGCAUGUAUAGCUGAACUCUUACAUCAACAUAUAGCCAAAAACAACAUUCUUGCUGAAGAACAAAAAGGAUGUCGAAAAAGUAGUCAGGGGUUCAAAGAGCAACUCAUAAUAGACUCCGUAGCAAUGAAACAAGCUAUUUCUAAUAGGAAAAACAUCAGCACAAUGUAUAUAGACUACCGAAAAGCAUUUGACUCCGUACCGCACAGCUGGCUCCUAUAUAUACUACAACACUAUAAAAUUCACCCACAAAUUAUACAUUUUCUUAAAAACUCAAUGCAGCACUGGAAAACUACUUUAAAAACCAUAGGAACUUCUUGUAUAGAAACACCAGAAAUUCCAAUACGUCGAGGAAUAUUCCAAGGUGACGCGCUCAGCCCUUUAUGGUUCUGUCUCGCAUUAAACCCUCUCUCGCAAAUGCUGAACAAAACUAAUCAUGGUUACUCUAUCAUCAAUCCACACAAACACACCACUCUUACACACCUGAUGUACAUGGAUGACACAAAACUAUACAGUAACAUUACACAGUCACUGCAUCGCCUUGCAGACAUCACCCAAUCUUUCUCAAACGACAUUCAUAUGGAGUUUGGGAUCGACAAGUGCAAAACGUUCUCGGUUAAAAACGGAAAAAUUAACCGUAAUAGCUAUAGCCUAAUAUCAGGAGACACGAUUGAACCCCUAGAACCCUUGGCCGCAUAUAAAUACUUAGGUUUCCAACAAGCGCGACAGAUUCAUCAAAAGGAAACGAAAGAAAGUCUCAAAAAGAAAUUUAAACAUCGGCUCAAUAGUAUAUUCCGCUCUCAGCUCAACUCCCGCAACAUGUCAAAAGCUAUCAACAGUUACGCAAUCCCCAUACUGACAUAUUCGUUUGGUGUAAUAAACUGGACUCAAGGUGACCUUAUCGAUCUACAGCGUAUUAUAAAUACCACUCUAACGGCUCACCGCAAGCACCACCCCAGAUCCUGCGUACAAAGGAUGACUCUUUCAAGAUCCGAUGGAGGACGAGGUAUAAUAGAUGUCCUCAACUUGCAUAACAAACAAAUCAAAUGCCUUCGACAAUAUUUCUAUCAACGCUCAGAACACUCACCUCUCCACGAAAUAGUAACCUUAGCCGACAAACGCUUCACACCACUUAACCUUGCAGACCGAAAUACACAACGAAACGAACGGAUCACUGAAGUAAAAGAGAAGAUCGCCUCAUGGCAACAGAAGUCCCUACACGGAAGGCACUAUCACGACCUGCAGCAGCCACAUGUCGACAAAAAAGCAUCGAACGCAUGGCUGAGACACGGUGAACUCUUCCCAGAGACGGAGGCCUUCAUGUUAGCGAUCCAGGACCAGGUCAUCGAUACUCGAAACUUCCAGAGACACAUAAUACGCGCACCUAACCUUCGCACUGAUACUUGCAGACAUUGCCACUCUAGUCCCGAAAACAUACAACACAUUACAUCCGCCUGUAGAGCCCUUGCACAAACCGACUAUAAACACCGGCAUGACCAGGUAGCUUCCAUAAUACACCAACAUCUUGCGCUUAAAUUCAAAUUUAUACAAAAAAUUACACCAUAUUACAAAUAUAAACCGGACAUUAUAUUAGAAAAUAAUAAUCAUAGAAUUUACUGGGACAGGACCAUUAUCACGGAUAAAACUAUCCACUUCAAUAGGCCAGAUAUCACAAUGUAUGACAAAAAUAACAAAACUACUUACCUUAUUGACAUUGCCAUACCAAACACCCAUAACAUUCAAUCCACCAUUGCUGAAAAACUUACAAAAUAUCAAGAUUUAGCAAUAGAACUGAAGCGUCAAUGGAAAGCAGAAGCCAUCCAUAUAGUCCCAUUAGUUAUCUCAUCUACCGGAGUCAUACCUAAAAGCCUACAACGCACUUUAGAUAUUUUGCAAGUACCCCAACACACACUUUACACCCUGCAGAAAGCUGUCAUUCUCAACACCUGCCGACUCACACGCAAAUUCCUCACCACUUCAUCCGUCACCUCCGCUAACACCAUCACCUAG